GUGCAUUUGGCCAGUUGAGUCGGAGCCGCCAAGUGGUACAGUUCGCCAGAAGGCACCUGCAAGGAUAACCAGACACUGACCAGCGAUGUUUCCCCAGGCAGAGCUAGAGAAUUACAAGCUGCAGGUGGAGCUUCUGCAGGAGAAGCUUCAACGCAGCGAGGAUAAUCGCCAGCAGUUGGAGCAUAAGUUGGACAAAAUAUUGCAGAAGCGCAGUGAGCUGGAUAAAUCGAUGCGCCACAAAAGCCGCCAAAAGUACCAGGAGUUCCUCGAGGAGCAGUCGAAACGCAACGAGCGGAAUAAGAAACUGGUUGACAUGCUGGAGCGGAUCGAUGAGCAAACGGCGGCCAUGUCGCAACGCAGCGAACGUCUUAAAAUGAUGAAGUUGCAAUACCAAAUGUACUUUGCAAAAUUGGUGCAAAAUCAAACACUGCGCUGCAUCCAACAGACGACGGCACCUGCCACUGCACCUGCCGGUGGGGCCAUUCCAGUUCUGCUGCAACCGCAGGCGACGGUGGUGACCAAUCCACCGCAACCGACACCACAGCCCUGGACCUUUGCCAUGGCCACGCCCACACAGGCGGGCAUGAUGCUGACGCCUCAGUUCGCCCCAGGACUGGCCCAACCCCAUACCCCCACCCCUUUGGCAGCUGGUGUUCCCGCUCACCAUCCUGUUUACUAUCCAGAUCUCUUUGGCGGACGCGUCACUCCUCUGGGCACCUCGAACCUGUUCGAUUUGCGUGCCACCCUGCGCGCCUUUGAUAAUGAGAAUGCCGAUUUACCGGAGCGCAUGCAGCCUCACUUGACAGGUGAUUAUCAGGCGCAGGAGCUAGGUGGUGGUCGAGGGGCAGGCGCAGGAGGAGCAGCGACAUCAAGCACGGCCAGCCAAGAGAACGGAGCCGGCAGUGGAGCACGGCAGCUGAGCAGCACAUCCUCCACUCUGGCCACAUCCUCGUUGACGUUUGAUAAAUUGCCAAAGACGUCUUCCGCGCUGACGUUAACUGAACUGCCGGUGACGCCGAAUGCAGCAACAUCCGCAGCCGGAGCAACACCAGGAGCCGGAGGAUUGGCAGCAACAUCAGCAGCAGGAGGAACGGCAACUGACCAUGACGUCCGCGGACAGCCGCAGAGAGAAAACGGAGGCGACCUGGAUGCCUGGACAAAUUCACGCGUGACUAAAGUCGAGUAUGAAAAAUCACCAACUGUCGGUGGCCAUAAUGAGCCCGUCCAGCAACAACAACAACAUGACUUUGACGCAUACUUUGGUGAGCUGAAAAUCGAUGAGUCCUGGCAAGAGCUAGGGCCUCCCAACCCGACCCCCGGCCGCUCACAGGAAGACAAACGCCCACUAAACGUGCGUGCCAGCGAAGUAAGUGCCAAACUUGGCAUCAGCAACGAUUUGCUGGACGAAGUCAAAGCCAGUCGGGCGGCUCUGGAAAAGGCAGCGGCUGCGGUUGAUGAGCAACUGGCAAGGGGUAAUCAAUUGUCGCCGCCAGUCAGCCAGGACGUAGGUAACACCGUAACACAGCACCUCCAACAGCAACAACAGACAAAGCCGGGUGUGUCGAUAGAGAAUAUUGAAAAUGCCAUUUACGGCGAACGAUUGACAGGAACAGGAACGGAAACGGGAACGGGAAGGGGAACAGGAGGUACAGGUGGAGCAGCACCGCCCACGCAGGGAUUUUUUGAAAAUUUGGUAACCAACGCACCCACGUCCGAAGUUCUGCAGGAUAUGGAGGUGCAGCCAGUGGAGUCUGCAGAUGCGGCUGGUCAUUACGGGCAAUACGACGCCAGUGGAUAUAGUGAGAGCAGUGAGCCCAUAUAUGCUAGCAUCGAUUCCAACAACCAACAGCAGCAACAGCAACCGAGCUCCGCAACGGUGGAACCGCUUUACAGUGAAAUCGGAAAUCCCACCGACUAUACACAGGCAUAUGCAACGGAUGCCAGUGCAACUGAUGCCACUGCAGCUGCACCUGGACCGGCAACAGAAAUUACAACUGCCGGUGCUGGGGAUCCCAAUGGUGAGCCGCAAGAGUACUCCAAUAUUGAUUACGGCAACUACGAGGACGGUCAGUACGCCGCUGGCUAUGAUCCGAACGUGGCCUAUCCGGGUUACAUAUACGAUGAGGCCACCGGGCAAUAUAUAGCCGAUCCCAAUGCCCAGCAAUAUGCACCGGAUGGCAGCUAUGCCGGCCAGGAGUACGAUGCCAAUGCUGUCCAGAAUUAUGACUACAGUGCGUAUGAGCAGCAGCAGCAGCAGCAACAGGAGGAACUGCAGCAGCCCUUGCAGGAACAGCAGGAAGUGUAUCCAGUUGCGGAGAAUAGUCAGGAUGUCCCAGAAGUUCAAGAGCCAAGUCCAGCAGUGCCAGCAGCUGCUCCUGCUACGCCGGAACCUCUCAAUUCCGGUAGCACCGCCAAUCCUAAGCCCAUCAAGCCCACGUCGAUACUUUCCACGACGACAGACAAACAAGCGGCGCCUAAUGAUGCGCAACACCAGCAGCAGCAGCAGAAGAAGAAGAAGCGCGUUAAUUUCGUUGACAGCAGCGAAACGGAUGACAGCUCAAGCGUGAAACCGACCGCCCCAGUUUCCCCAAAUCCUGGCCCAGCCGCCGCAGCCACGCCCGCUCCGGCAAAUCCAAGUAGCAGUGGAGGUGGUGGCGGAGGCGGUGGCGGCAGCGAGAGUGAUUUCGAUUUUUCAACGGGCAGCGAGACGAAGAAUUAGAACAAGCUGAAAACAGUUGAAGCUCUAAUUUGUUGCCAUUUGGGUUAACCAACCACCCUCGAUUCGAUUUAUUGCCACUGCAUUCCUCAGUCCAGGGAGUUGAGAAAAAAUCAGGAAAUCAAGUAAAGCGAAAAGGGCGAACUGGAAAACAGGAAAAGGUAAAAAUUUGUUUGCCAAGAAAAUGGCAAACCACAAACCGCACAAAAGUUGUUGCUUACUCAGACGGCCACAGCUUUCAGCGUUCGUCUAAUUCAAUCUAUUAAUUG